AUGGCCGUAUCGGAAAAACGACGAAUCAUUCUCAAUGCGUUUGACAUGUUCACGCCCAGUCAUCUGUGCUUCGGCCAGUGGCGCAGACCCGACGACACGGCUUCUGACAAGUUUAGUGAUCUCAGCUACUGGACGAGUCUAGCACAAACGCUUGAGCGAGGAGACAUCAACGCAUUGAUUCUCGCAGAUACGUACGGCCAGCAUGAUAUCUACAAAGGAAGCGCAGAGCCAACCAUUAGAACAUGCUGCCAGUACCCAAUGGGAGACCCAGCUGUGCCAGUGACUGCAAUGGCUGCAGUGACGAAGAACCUUGGGUUCAUCGUCACGACAAGCACGAGUUAUGAGGCUCCGUUCGUAAUAGCGAAGCGCUUCUCAACUCUAGAUCACCUUACUAAAGGGCGCUUUGGAUGGAACAUUGUGACUUCGUUCAAAGAGUCGGCUGCAAAAGCAGUUGGUGUGUCAUACGUCGAGCAUGAUGAGCGGUACGCAGUUGCGGAUGAAUAUGUUGAGCUUCUUUACAAAAUAUGGGAGGGCUCUUGGUCAGAUGAUGCUCUGAAGAGAGACAAAUCGAACGAGACUUAUGCAGAUCCUGAUGGUAUUCGUUGGGUUCAACAUCAUACUUCGAGGUUCAACGUGGAUGCGCCGCAUAUUUUGCACCCGUCCCCUCAGAGAACACCAUUUCUUCUUCAGGCGGGAACAUCCUCCGCUGGAAUUGCAUUUGCUGCUAAGCAUGCUGAGGCUAUCAUGGUAUCAGGGCUCUCACCCCACAUCCUGGCACCACGUGUGGCCGCCAUCCGCGAGAAAGCAGCAGAGUUUGGCCGCGAUCCUCGCAGCGUUAAGAUGUUCGCGGUAGUUACCCCAAUCAUUGGCCGAACCGACGAGGAGGCAACUGCCAAGUACGAAGAAGCGUUGAAAUACGCAAGCUUCGAGCCAGGUCUUGCAUUCUUCUCCGGCAAUGCCGGGAUAGACCUUUUCAAGUAUGAUCUUGACGCGGAGAUCAAGCCCGAUGAUGCCAAGAUUGAUGGUAGAGUGCACUCGCUUGUCAACAGUCUGAAAUACCGUGGUGACGAUAUUGCUACUUGGACACCCCGAAAUAUCGGAAAGGCGAUGGCUAUCGGCGGGAACGGGCCGGUGCCUGUAGGGUCCGCAUCACGAGUAGCUGAUUUUCUCGAGGAAUGGGUGAAAGAAGCAGAUCUUGAUGGUUUUAACGUUGGAUACGUGACGAGCCCUGGGAGCUUUGGAGACGUCGUAGACUUAUUGGUUCCUGAACUCCGCCGAAGAGGUAUCUAUGCACCACUGGGCGAAAGCGGCACCGUACGCGAAAGAAUCUACGGCACGGGGCAGAAACGGUUGCGGGACGACCACACUGGGAGUCGUUUCAAAUAUGGAAAAUACUCUGGCUAUUGA